AUGGAUUAUAGAGAUAGGAGAGUCCCAAGUGGAGGCAAGAAAAACCAAGAUUGGCGGAUAGCACAGAAGGCAGAAAUUCCCAAGUUGGGGCACAGAGCAAGACCUAGACGCUGGAGCAGGGGCAACAGCUGGGUGAUGGGUGACCAAGACCUGGCAGGCACACCUGACAGGCUAUUUGCUGCCAGAAGUAUGUUUCUAUGUGAAAGCCUACCACACAACUACCAGAUGAAGUACUAUUUCUACCAUGGUCUCUCCUGGCCCCAGCUCUCUUACAUCGCCGAGGAUGAGAACGGGAAGAUUGUGGGCUAUGUCCUGGCCAAAAUGGAAGAGGACCCAGAUGAUGUACCCCAUGGUCAUAUCACAUCACUGGCUGUGAAACGUUCCCACCGACGCCUUGGUUUGGCGCAGAAGCUGAUGGACCAGGCGUCCCGAGCUAUGAUUGAGAAUUUCAAUGCCAAAUACGUCUCUCUGCACCUCAGGAAGAGUAAUCGGGCCGCCCUGCACCUCUAUUCCAACACCCUCAACUUUCAGAUCAGUGAAGUGGAACCCAAAUACUAUGCAGAUGGGGAAGACGCUUACGCCAUGAAGCGGGACCUCACCCAACUGGCAGAUGAGCUGAGGCGGCAACUGGAGCUGAAGGAGAAGGGCAGGCACGUGGUGCUGGGACCCAUCGAGAACAAGGUGGAGGCCAAGGGCAAUUCACUUCCAAUCUCGGGCAAGGCCUACCGGGAGGAGAAGGGCCUGGCUGCUGAGAAUAGCGGAGGAGACAGCAAGGACCUCAGUGAGGUCAGCGAGACCACCAAGAGCACCGAUGUCAAGGAUAGCUCCGAGGCUUCUGAUUCAGCCUCCUAG